AUGUCUCUCGUCAAUCUUUCCGCCGUUUGCGCCCACUUGAACAAUGCCACCAAGGCUCGCCUCGGUCUCACUUCCAUUCCCAACAGCAACCUCCACCUGAAGCUCUCCCUCGCCCUCCAGCACUCCGGCUACAUCUCCUCCGUUGUCCGCGGAGGCCCUACUCCUCCCCCAGCCCAUGCCAUCCUCGGAAUUCCCGCGGUCAACGAUAGAUUUGAAGGCAUUGAGCAAGUAACGCGCGAUAACGUCUCAUCAAGGCGGCUGUGGCUCGGCCUGAAGUACUGGCAGAACGAAUCGGUCCUGGGAAAGAUCAAGAUGGUCAGCAAGCCCACCCGACGGGUCUACAUUGAUGUGGAAGGGCUGCGCCGAGUUGUGCGUGGCGAGGACUCUGGGUACGUCGCAGGGAUUCGCUCGCCCGGCGAGAGUCUGUAUCUCUCUACGGACCGUGGAAUUCUGGAAGCUCGCGAGUGUGUUGAGAAAAAGCUUGGUGGACUGGCUCUGUGCCGUGUGCUAUAA